AUGUUUGCAUCCCGGCGCCUUCUUCCAAAAAUUGCCAAAUCCACGUCAUCAACAUCUUCAGCAGUUAUCUCAACGUGUAUUCAAAAGAGAAAUUACUUUACAAGACAUGUUCCUGAACCUAAAAUGAUGAUUCAUUUAUCCAAAUCUCAAGAUGUUACCGUCGAUUCGAUUGUACUUUCGGACAGUCAUCAUGAUGAGAAAAAACCAGUUAUUCUGAUGGUUGGAUGGGCUGGAGCAAAUCCAAAGCAUAUCGACAAGUAUAUUAAAGUUUAUAAUGAUGAAGGAUAUCGAGUUGUCUCCCUCUGUCCACCAUGUUAUCACUAUAGUAUUCCAAAUUCUCGUGUUGGAUUCUACAUGUCACCACUUUUCAGAGCAAUUGAUGCAAAACCCGGAGAUUUCAGAUCAUUUGCCAAAUGUCCAAUAAUUGUUCACUCAUUUUCAAUGAACGGAGUACGCGGAUUAAUUUCAUUUUGGAAAUGGACAGAAGCAGAGGAAAAACCACAAUUAAGAGAACGAAUUAAAGGAAUUAUUUUCGAUAGUGCCCCAUCGCGCCCAUAUGGAAAACAAGACGCUACGGCAAUGGUCAUUUCAACUCCUCCAAUUGAUGCAUUUGAACGAUGGAUUAGUGAGCAAACGAGAAUUUCUGUGCUUACUUGGUUCUUGAAUCUACGAGCUUACUUGCAAAUCCCACUUCUUACGAUGGUUCCAUUUUUACGUUCGUUUGUGUCAAUCUACUAUUAUCUUCAAACACAUAUUGCCCUGCCACGUGAUCAACUGUAUUUAUACUCUAAAGCUGACACUAUGAUCAAGGCGAAACAUGUCGAGAAAUUCAUUGAAAAACAAAAAGAAAAAGGAAAUUCAGUGACCGCUAUUGAUUUCGUCGACUCUGAGCAUGUUGCACACAUUCGAACACAUCCAAAAGAUUACCGUACAGCUUGCCUGAACUUUGUUAGACACGUCGAAGCGUCGUAUAAAUGAAGAAAUGAGGAAUAAUUGUUAAUUAACGGGUCAUUCAAUUUCUGUACCUUCUUAAUGCCUUGUUGACUCGCUUUUCUCAGUUUGGAAAUGGAGUAGACUAACUGAAAAUAUUGAAUUGACAUUUCAUCCGAAACUUCAGUAGAUUCAAGAUUUCCGGGUUUUUGUUCAAAUUUAGAUUGCCAAUAAACAUUUUAGAGUUUGCAA